AUGACUCUUAGCUCAGAAAUACCAACUUUCCACCACAUCUCAGUCAAGCCUCUGCAUCCGACCUUCGGUGCGGAGAUUAGUGGAGUGGAUAUCUCAGUCCCGUUGGCCGGUGAGAUAUGGAGUGAAAUUCGGCAAGCCGUCACAAAAUGGGGAGUCGUCGUCUUCCGUGGCACAAAGCUUACAGAUGAGAGCCACAUUUCAUUCUCCAAGUACUUCGGAGAGCUAGACGACGUGAGACCAUACAUUGCAGCAGGUCGAAAGAAUCGUCUCAAGUACCCUGAACUCUUUGACGUUAGCAACGUCGAGAUUGAUGGGACCAUUCUCGACCCCAGGAGCGCGCGUGGUCAAGCGAACAAGGGAAACCAUCUUUUCCACGUGGACUCAAGCUUCAACCCCCGCCGAGCCGCUUCCCCAUCUGGAAUGGGAGGCCACACCGAAUUUGCAGAUACGCGAACGGCAUUCGAAGACCUCCCAGCCGAUCUCAAAGAAAGUCUCUUGGCAAAUGACUAUAUUGCCUGUCAUUCAAUGCAUCACUCUCGCAAAGUCGCUGCACCUGAAGCCUUUGCCCACAUCAACCCGCUUGAUCACCCAAUGGGCCGACACAAACUGGUUCAACGUCACGAAGCCUCGGAUAGAAUGAACUUGUAUAUAGCGGCCCAUGUGCACCACAUUGAAGGACUUGAGCCGGAGAAGUCACAAGAAUUGUUUGAUAAAUUGUUCAAGCAUGCUACUCGGGAGAAUAAUGUGGUGGAGAUUGAGUGGCAGACCCCGGGUGAUUUGGUCGUUUGGGAUAACACCUGUACUAUGCACCGAGCUGUUGGGGGUCCAUUUUUGAAAACGUACAGGAGAGAUAUGAGGCGGACCACGGUUCAUGAUUCGAGUUCUCAGGCUUGGGGAUUGAAUGAGCAUACUGAUGUUAGGCAGGGGCUUCCUUGA